UUCACAGACUCUGUGAAGUGAGCUAAUUAAGUUUCUUGAAUUAUAGUUACGUCUAAAAGUUUUGAAAAUGGCGAACGUCGUCGAUAGCUUCGCGUUGUUAUUCGACCGCCCAAACGAGCCCAUGGUUUCUCUGAAAGGCGACAGAAAAGCUCUGUUCCAACUUACCGAUCAGCAUCUUGGAGAUCAAUACAAAAGUAAUGGAAUUGAGAUCAACAACCGUUUUGGCGAGGAAGCAAAUGAAGUUAUACCUCUUAAAGAGUUGCGGAAAAUACCAGAAUUCAGAAAAGCGAGACAACUGCCGACAGAUUCUGAAUUCUCAAUACUACUUCCAGCUCAUCAAGAAAUGGCUGAUGAAGUAAUUGAUGAACUUUUAGCUGUUCCUGAGAAUCAACUUCAAGAUUUACUGUCAAUAUGUGUGUAUGCAAGAGUAAAUUUAAAUCCUCAGCUAUUCAACUACUGCUACUCUGUGGCAUUAAUGCACAGACCUGACACUAGGAAUGUUCCAAUUCAAAACUUUGCUGAAACCUUUCCUUCGAAAUUUGUGGACUCCCAAGUAUUCUCUCAAGCUCGGGAGACAGCUACAGUAGCCGCACGGGCAUCAGAAGCUCCCCGUAUCCCGAUUAUAAUCCCAAGAGAUUAUACCGCAACGGACUUGGAUAUCGAACAUCGACUAGCCUAUUUCCGGGAAGAUAUUGGCAUUAAUCUUCAUCACUGGCAUUGGCAUCUAGUGUACCCAUUUACCUCUAACCAACGAGAAAUAGUCGCGAAGGACCGCCGCGGUGAAUUGUUUUUCUAUAUGCAUCAACAAGUUAUUGCCAGGUAUAAUGGCGAACGUCUGGCCAACUCCUUGGCAAGAGUGAAAAAGUUCAACAACUUCAGUGAACCUAUACCUGAAGCUUACUUUCCUAAGCUGGACAGUCUGACGACAUCUCGUGGCUGGCCGCCGCGACAGGCCAACAUGCGGUGGUAUGACCUAAACCGUCCCGUAGACGGACUCGUUGUGACCCUCGCGGAUAUGAAUCGCUGGAGGAAAAAUAUUGAGGAAGCUAUAUCCACAGGGCUUGUUAAGCUGCCUAACGGAUCAACUCAACCUUUGGAUAUCGACACGCUGGGCAACAUUAUUGAGGCCAGCAUCUUGUCCCCCAAUAGGGAGUACUACGGUACGCUACACAAUAACGGACAUAGUUUCGCCGGCUAUAUGCAUGAUCCUACGAACCGUUACCUUGAAUCGUUCAACGUGAUUGCAGAUGAAGCCACUAAUAUGCGGGAUCCAUUUUUCUAUCGUUGGCACGCUUUUAUCGAUGACAUCUUCCAGCGUUUCAAAGAGUCUCCUAACGUCAGACCAUACACACGUUCAGAGUUGGAGAACCCAGGUGUCCAGAUAUCAUCAGUUCGCGUAGAAAGUGCAACCGGAGAGAUGAACACCCUGAGCACAUACUGGAUGCAGAGCGACGUGGACUUGUCGCGUGGAUUGGACUUCUCCGACCGCGGACCGGUCUACGUGCGCUUCACUCAUCUCAACCACCGCCCCUUCCAAUACGUAAUCGACGUAAACAACACGGGAAGUGCUCGGCGUUCUACAGUUCGUAUAUUUAUGGCUCCGAAGUUUGACGAACGCAAUUUACCGUGGAUUCUCGCCGAUCAACGCAAAAUGUUCAUUGAGAUGGACAGAUUUGUCGUACCACUAAAGGCCGGAAAAAACACAAUCACGCGCAAAUCAACGCAAUCGAUUUUGACAAUUCCCUUCGAGCAGACGUUCCGCGACCUAUCCGCUCAGGCGGGAGACGCGCGGGCUCCAGGCCUUGCCAGCUUCAACUUCUGCGGCUGCGGCUGGCCGCAGCACAUGCUGGUGCCGCGCGGCACUGUGCCCGGCAUGCCAUAUGACCUCUUCGUUAUGCUAUCUAAUUAUGAGUUGGACAGUGUGAACAACCCUGAUGGAUCCGAAAUGAGCUGUGUGGAAGCAUCCAGUUUCUGCGGAUUGAAAGACCGGCUAUAUCCCGACAGACGCAGCAUGGGUUACCCCUUCGAUCGUCCUUCCAGUAGCGCCCCAAGCAUCCAGGACUUUAUCCUACCUAAUAUGGCUCUCGUCGAUGUCACCAUCCGUUUACAGAACGUCACCGAACAGAACCCGAGGAACCCAAAAACCCAAUAGAUUUGUUUGUCAGUUAAAAAUUAUUUAGUUUCAAUAUUACAUUAUAUAGUAUUUUAUACUUUUAAAAAAGAAAGGUUAAUAGAUUAAGUUUUAGUGAAUUAUUAAGUAUUGUAUAUACUAUAUAUAGAUUUAACAGCUACAAGUUAAUGUGACCCAAUUAUUAUAACGAUAAAUAAAU